CUGUGCAAUGAGUGUGUUUCAGGUCGGCCGAAAUACAGCUCGUCAACACACGCAGCCGCUGCGUCUUGCUCCAAUGUCACGCUCCCAUAUUCGACAUCAGCAGCAGCGGCACAUGCAGCCUCGCAAGCGCCGUCUUGUUCAGGUUCAGGCUUAAAUGGUGCUGCCAAUGCAACACCUUCUUCCUCAGCUUCGGGAACUCAGCAGGUGUCGCCAUCUAUCUCGCCCUCCGCAUCUGCACGAAAUUAUAGCCAAAGGCCUGGCCUGCGAAGGUGUACUCGAGUGCAGGAUACCUUAAAACAGGAGAUUAAUGUCCUGGAAGCACGAUUAACAAAAAAUGUUUUAAAAACGUCUAAGGUCAUUGAAAAAAACAUGAUUCAUAACAGCUUAAUCCUAAAAAAGAAACUGCGAGUACUUUUCAGUUAUUUACAAUAUUUUGAUCAUCGUCGAGCUUUCGAUCCGUUUCUUACGCAGCCGGGCAUAGCUGCCGACCCGUUUCAGAGUCAUCCGAAUCCGUGGAUUUCGGAUACCGUCGACUACUGGCAGCAUGAUAAAAUCACUGGUGAUAUCUCGAUGCGCCGCUUGAAACUAUGGGAAGAAAGCUUUGAGGAGUUGUUAUGUGAUCAGUUGGGCAGGGAAACGUUGCAAAAAUUCUUGGAUAAGGAAUAUUCUGGCGAAAAUUUGCGCUUUUGGUGGCAGGUUUGUCUUUAUGUCCUUUUUAUGCGUUUUUACAUGACUGCAAAUGCAAUCAGUGAAAACGCCCAGUGGCCUGGUUACAUAGUUACCCAGUGAAC